AGGUGUCCACGGCUGAAGAGACUAGUGAUGCCAGCUUGGAACAGAAUUAAAAAAACUGGAAUCUGCAAGGCCAUUCGCUGCUGGAAAGACCUUGAAUCUCUGACAAUGCCUAGCAUAGCGAAUCCCCCAUACCUUAUGGAGGAGAUUGCCAUGAACUGCAAAAAUUUCAAUGAACUAAAGAUCAUGGGGCCUUGCGACAUCUUCUUUGCUUCGACUCUAGUUGCGUAUCUUCCAAAACUGAAGGUUUUAAGCCUCCGAUGCUCAAUGCUCUUAAGGGACGCGUUAAUCAUUAUCUUGGAUGGCCUACAACACCUAGAAGUUCUCAAUAUCUCACAUUGCCUUGUAAUUGAUACCGCUCCGCCUCGUGCACCCAGGAGACUUAUUAAAGAACUCGAUCCAGUUAUUCUGGACAAGGCAUCUCGUUUACGGAUGUUCUUAACUUGCAUGCAAGACUCGUGCAUCAUGUGCCAAAGGACCAAAAACGACGAGGGACUCAUGAGGUGGUAUAAGUAUGAAGAAGGGCUAUGGCUAGAAGAUGAGGUGAGGUCCCUUGCUUAUUGAUGAUGAGAGCAAGGGAAUGAGACUCUAAUUGUAUUUGUGGGUUAGAAGCUAAUUAGCUCGCUUGUGUAGUCUCUGCCUUUGGUGAAUGUUUUGCCUUAUCACACCCGAUAAAGCUCCAUCUCCUCUUCUUCGUUAACGCAUAAAUAAAACUGCCUGAUGAAGAGAGGUGUUUCUAAAUAAUACAUGUUUCAGUACUGUACAUUAUGUAA